AUGGCGUCCCCGCAGGGGCCGCAGCUGCAGCCGGAGCCGUCCCGGGAGGGCCCCGCGGGGUCCCCGGGGGCGGAGCCCGAGACGCUGAGCCCGGACGAGCAGGAGCUGCUGGCCAAGCUGGAGGAGCAGAACCGGCUGCUGGAGGCCGACUCCAAGUCGAUGCGCUCGGUGAACGGCUCCCGGCGCAACAGCGGCUCCUCGCUGGUCUCCAGCUCCUCGGCCUCGUCCAACCUGAGCCACCUGGAGGAGGACACCUGGAUCCUCUGGGGCCGCAUCGUCAACGAGUGGGACGAGUGGAGGAGGAAGAAGGAGAAGCUGCUCAAGGAGCUGAUCCGGAAGGGGAUCCCGCACCAUUUCCGCGCCAUCGUGUGGCAGCUGCUGUGCAGCGCGGCCGAGCUGCCGCUCAAGGCCCAGUACUCGGAGCUGCUGCGCAUGAGCUCCCCCUGCGAGCGCCUGAUCCGCCGCGACAUCGCCCGCACCUACCCCGAGCACGACUUCUUCAAGGGCCAGGACAGCCUGGGCCAGGAGGUGCUCUUCAAUGUCAUGAAGGCCUAUUCCCUGGUGGAUCGUGAGGUCGGUUACUGCCAGGGCAGCGCCUUCAUCGUGGGACUGCUGCUCAUGCAGAUGCCGGAGGAGGAGGCGUUCAGCGUCUUCGUGCGCCUGAUGCAGGAGUAUCGCCUGCGGGAGCUCUUCAAGCCCAGCAUGGCCGAGCUGGGGCUCUGCAUUUACCAGUUCGAGUUCCUGCUGCAGGAGCAGCUGCCGGAGCUGAACGUGCAUUUCCGCUCCCAGAGCUUCCUCACCUCCAUGUACGCCUCCUCCUGGUUCCUCACCCUCUUCCUCACCACCUUCCCCCUGCCCGUGGCCACGCGCGUCUUCGACAUCUUCAUGUACGAGGGUCUGGAGAUCGUGUUCCGCGUGGGGAUGGCCCUGCUGCAGUUCAACCAGGCCGAGCUGGUGCAGCUGGACAUGGAGGGCAUGUCCCAGUAUUUCCAGAAGGUGAUCCCUCACCAGUUCGACUCGUGCCCGGACAAGCUGAUCCUGCGCGCCUGCCAGGUCAAAUACAACCCCCGCAAGAUGAAGAGGCUGGAGAAGGAAUACGCCGCCCUCAAGAGCAAAGAGAUGGAGGAGCAGAUCGAGAUCAAGCGGCUCCGCUCUGAGAAUCGCCUGCUCAAGCAGCGCAUCGAGACCCUGGAGAAGGAGAGCGCAGCCCUGGCCGAUCGCCUCAUCCAGGGCCAGGUGACGCGGGCGCAGGAGGCCGAGGAGAACGACGUCAUCCGGCGGGAGCUGGCGCUGGUGCGGCAACGCUGCAGCUCAGCCACAGAGAGCCUGAGGCGGGCACAGAGCACCAUCAGGGAGCUGCAGGGUAACCCCCGCCUGAGCGAGGAGUUCGUGGCGCACCUGGAGACGGAGCUGGAGCGGUCGCGGCUGCGCGAGAGCGAAACCCUGGGAGCCCUCAAGGAGAUGCAGGACAAGGUCCUGGACAUGGAGAAGCGGCAGCCGCUGCUCCCGGAUGACUCCAGCGUGGUUCGGCUGCAGGAGGAGCUGCAGGAGCUGGCACUGAGGGACAUCGGGGACAUCGGGGACAUCGGGGACACCUGGCAGGGACACCUGGUGUGCGGGGGCCGCUGGAAGGAGCCGCGGGCGCUGCACGAGGCCGUGCUGGGGGUGCAGCUCCGCGAGAGCCAGGCCCAGGCGGAGCUGAGGGCGCUGAGACAGAGGGUGCUGCACCUGGAGACACAGGGGCGCAUCCAGCGGUCGGUGCUGGGCCGGGCCGAGCAGGCCUGCGCUGGCCUAAGGGAGCAGCUCCGUGCCGCGGCCGCCCAGAGCCAGGGGCUGCAGGCCCAGCUCAGCGAGAGCCACCGGAAACACGCGGAGGCUCAGUGCAAGAGCAAGGAGGAGGUGAUGGCCGUGCGGCUGCGCGAGGCCGACAGCAUGGCCGCCCUGGCCGAGAUGAGGCAGCGCGUGGCCGAGCUGGAGAUCCAGCGGGAGGAGGGGCGGCUGCAGGGCCAGCUGGAGCACUCGGACGCGGCGCAGUACAUCCGGCACCUGCAGGGCCACAUCCGGCAGCUCAAGGCCGAGAUCCGGCUGCUGCGGGGGCCGCUGUCCUUUGGCGCGGUGGCCUUGGGGACGCGCCUGGGGGACGAGGACUCGCUGGGCUCCUCGGACGAGGAGCUGCCCCCGCCGCCCUUCACCCUGACCCCGGGGGACAUCGGGGACACCGGGGACAGCAGCGACAGCGAGCCCGAGGUGCCACCGACGGCACCGUGA